CCUAUUGCUGUACGACGUGUGGCUUCAAUUGUGCGAGUAAGCGUGAGGCAGCGUGAUAUCCUGAUACAGACCACACCUCCUCAGCAUCACAGAUUACAAGUAACACUCGUCAAGGUUUAUUCAUUUCUGCUGCUCCUCUCCUCAUCGUCAGUACCAGAAGUCGCCAUGGCCCCUACACUGUACUACUUCUUGAUGUCGCCUUACUCCCGCUCUGUGUUGCUGGCGGUGCGGACUCUGGGUCUGGACGUGGAGCUGAAAACCAUCGACUUGAAGAAAAAGGAACAGCUCAACCCGGAUUUUGUGGCAAUCAACCCGCAGCACACCGUUCCUACCCUGGUGGACGGCGACCUUGUGCUGACUGAGAGCCGCGCCAUCAGCACCUAUUUGGUCUCUCGCUACGGAAAGGACGACUCUCUCUACCCGAAGGACGUCGUUACAAGGGCUAAGGUGGAUGGACUUCUCUACUUCGACUGCGCCACCCUCUGCAUUCGUUGGCGCGCUGUCGUGCACCCAGUCAUGAAGGACGGAGCAGCCAAACCCAGCGAGGCAGCAAUGAAGAACCUAGACGAGGCUUUGAAGUGGCUGAACGACAUACUUGCCCAACAUCCUGACCGCUACCUGGCCGGCACCACGCACCCCACCGUCGCGGACCUCUCGAUCGCUGCCUGGGCUUGUACAUAUGUUGCUCUGAACUUCCCUCUGGCCCAACACCCGGACAUCACGCGCUGGCUGGCUCGCUGCAGGGAGAAUCUUGUUGGCUUCGACGAGUGUGAGAAGGGCGCGGCGCAGUUUGGGGAGAUGUUCGCAGCUAUUCUGAAGUCAAGAGCUUGAAGAAUAUGAGGGAUAGAUAGAUAGAUAGAUAGAUAGAUAGAGAUAGAUAGAUAGAUAGAUAGAUAGAUAGAUAGAUAGAUAGAUAGAGAGAGAGAGAGAGAGAGAGAGAGAGAGAGAGAGAGAGAGAUUAUUCAGUUCCUAACAUUCCCUUUACAUUGCACAAGUAACAUCAAAGAAGCGUGUACAGUGCGUGGCGUAACACUCGAAGCAGUAUGGACAGCAGACGUGGGCGGGCGGCGGAGUGAGUGGCGGUGUGGAUGAUGUGUUGUGGUUUCAGAUGUCAUUUGUUCACGCCUCGCUGUUCUCACUGUCUCCUCUCCUUUGUGGUUCUCGUUAUAACUCUUGCUGAAUGUUCGUGAUAGGAAUAUAAGUUAAAGGAGUUUUGUAAUUGACUUUUCUUCUUCCUAAGGUGAAAAAUGCGUGAUUUAUGCUUUGUUUGUCUCGCUAUUAUCUUUUCGUUAGUACUGGUGAUGUAAUGUUAGUUUAAUAAGAUAAAAUGGGUGAAUUAAUUAAGGUCUGCACCUAUAAAUAAGAAUUAAAAGUGUUUACUAGUAGUAUUUUCCUCUAAGAAUACAAAUGAUUAAGUCAUGAAAAAGUAAAAAAUAAUAUAUUGAUA